AUGGCUGUUCAUACAGACAACGGCCCUGCAAGUUUGCAGGCCCGUUCCAUCCAGCUUAGCUGCUGCGACACCAUGACUUGCUUCAAAUUUGCUAUAAAUCUUGAAAGAACUAUUGCAAACCAUUUCGACACCAUUCAGAAACACCCAACGCUAUUUAGACCCCUUAUCAAUCAGACUUUUAAAUCACCUACCAUGAAUUUACUAGACCUUCCAACGGAGCUCUUGCUCCAAAUCUUCCGUAAUUGCAAUUCCAUCUCCGACGUUCUGCACCUGGCCUCUACCAACCGUCGACUCCGUCAUGUCUUUGCAUCUUCCUCCAGAAUCACCAUUCUCAUGAGCGUCGCGGAUUCAGAGUUUGGCCCGAUACAUGAUAUCAUCCAGCUCAUUACUCAAAAUGCAAGUCAACCGGCGCAUGUCAUUCGCGCUGCUUCGCAGUCCGAUGCUCUACUCAGACAGGUCGUUCGCAUUGGCCGUGUGGCGCAGAAAUGGGAGACUAUCUUUCCAUUGAAGAAAUGGAAAACCGACUAUGAGAAUCGACGACUCUUGACGGAUGAAGAGCGUUUUCGUCUCCGUCGUGCGAUCUAUCGGUUGUGGCUGUAUCAUCGUGCUUUUCAUACAAGUCAAUAUGAUCGACUCUCGCGCCGCUUGCGACAUGUUGUGGUCGAGAGGGCGCAGUUAUUGCAUAACUGGUCGACUUCGGAGUUGGCGGAAAUGGAGGAUGUGCGCAUGGUGAUACAGGACGUGGUGCAGAAUCAUAUCUGUCCCAGCAACGGCAGUAUUCAGCGCAAGUUCCACAAACGCUAUCCGGAAAAUACAAAUCCGUUAUCUUUUAAUAUCCACCUGAACUACCGCCCUGAACGAUCUAAUCUAUCUACGGGAUCAUACUUCAAUCUCCUUGAGGACAAUAAUACCGUUUCAAAUUAUGACUCGUUAUUCCACAAUCACUACAACAGCAGUAACGCUUCGUCGUCAUUAUCGUCAGCAUGGGUGAAGACCUCCUCAUCUUCUACAUUCGCUGCCAAGCUUCGAAAUGACUUUUACCAUGAUCCUGGUCAGGAAGGUUGGGGUGACGAAAUCCCACAUUACUAUGUUGUGCAGGACAUGCUCAAACUUGAUCCCGGAGAAGUGCUUUGGUUGCGAGAUCAUGCACCUUUGAAGGAAGACGUCGAGUUGUAUGUGCAUUCUUUGGGCGAUUGGUUUAGGAAUAAUGGCGAGACGUUUGUUGAUACUUUGUUGUGGGUUAUGAAUGAGCGUGGAGAGGAUGCGGAGGGGUUGAAGAUUGCUGUUGAGGAUUGUGAGAUGGGUAUUGCAGCGUGA